UUCGAGGCGGGCACGGACACGACAUCGAUCACGGUGGAGUGGGCCAUGGCAGAGCUGAUCCGGCAACCGGACAUCCUGAAGCAGGCGCAGGAAGAGCUGGACACCAUCGUGGGCCGCGAGAGGCUCAUCUCGGAGUCAGACCUGCCGCGUCUCACCUUCCCGCGCUUGGUCAUCAAGGACAAUUUCCGGCUGCACCCAUCGACGCCGCUCUCGCUACCGCGGAUGGCCACCGAGGAGUGUGAGGUCGCCGGCUACCGCAUUCCCAAGGGGACAGAGCUUCUAGUGAACGUGUGGGGGAUCGCCCGUGAUCCGACCCUGUGGCCUGACCCACUGGAGUUCAGGCCUGCCCGGUUCCUCCCCGGAGGGUCGCACGCCAACGUCAACAUCAAGGGAGGUGACUUCGGGCUAAUACCAUUUGGGGCGGGACGGAGGAUAUGUGCGGGCCUCGGCUGGGGCAUUAGGAUGGUUGCCGUGACCACCGCCACGUUGGUGCACUCGUUCAACUGGGAGCUGCCGGCAGGCCAGACGCUGGACAUGGAGGAGACAUUUUCUCUGCUGCUGCAGCUGGUGCCUAGGCUGCUCCCAUCGGCAUACCAAAUCGCAUAA